AUGUAUGGAGACACUGUCUACGUAGAAUUACUGACAGACAAUGAGACCAAGGUGAAAGUCUACCUUCCAAGUAGAUUCAAGCGACUUUCGGACGAAGACCUGGAAGAGAUGAGACAGUUACCAAACCUCCAAAUGGAGAAGAAGGAUGGAUACCGCAAUGGCAAGAAGUUGGCGUAUCCAGACAUCAUUUUCACUAAUGGCAAGAAAAAUGACUUUGAGCUGCCUGCAGAGUUGAAACGAAAGAAUACGUCUCUACUGAAUGUGGAUUACGGUCUGCACGAGGAGUCAUUUCCCAUCGCGUAUCCCAAAGAUGUAGAAAUGUUUGAAAAGCAAAAUGGCAUCACCAUUAAUGUCUAUGCAUAUGAAAGGGAAGAGAAAUUUGUCUACCCUAUAAAAGUUGUGAACGAGGAAUGCGAAAAACAUGUGGAUCUACUCAUGAUUGACUCUCAUUUUGUGGUCAUCACAAAUUUCAAUGAAAGUAAAGGCAAGACAGUUUAUCCUAAGAAAGGAGACACUUUAGAGUUCGCUGGUCUUGAAAUGUUGGUGAAAAAUCUGCGUGAGAAGGGGGUGGAAAACUUUCAUUGUCUGCGACAGUUUUUCUCAAACGAAGAACACUUUGGACUUGUCGUUCGCAAGGGAGUCUUUUGCUACAGCCAUAUCACUGACUUCGAUGUCUAUGAUGAGCCUUGUUUACCACCUCGCGAGAAAUUCUUCAAUACACUCAAUGGAGUGGAAGUAAGUGAAGAAGACUACAACCAUGCGCAGAAUGUCUUCGAAAAAUUCCAAAUGACAAGUCUAGGCGAAUAUUCAGAUUUGUACCUGCUCACUGACACACUGCUUUUAGCAGACGUGUUUCAAAACUUUCGCAAAUGGACACUUGAUGUGCACAAAAUCGAGCCCCUGCAUUUCGUAUCUCUCCCAGGGUUAAGCAUGUCCUGCGCACUAAAAAUGAGUGAGAUACAACUUGAACUCAUUCACGACCCUGAUGCAUACCUGCUAAUUGAGAAUGGCUUGCGAGGAGGUGUAACACAAUGCUCUCUUCGAAAAGCGACCACAAAUAUUCCGGGAACAGAGCAGUUUGAUCCAACACAACCGACAAGAAUAAUUAACUACAUUGACGUUAACGGUCUGUAUGGAUCAGUAAUGCGAGAGUCGCUACCCUAUGGAGGGUUUCAGUGGUUGACAAAGGAAGAAAUUGAGAACCUAGACCUAACUCGCAUUCCACAUGAUGCAUCUAUUGGUUACUUUCUCGAAGUGGAUCUGUUGUAUGAUCAAGAAAUUCAUGAUCGUCAUAGUGAUCUUCCAGUUGCACCAGAGAAAAUGUCCAUGCACUACGACCUAUUGUCAGACUACCAGAAACAGUUGAUGGAAAAGUUUGGGCUUCCGUCGAAAGCUAUCGAGCCAAAGCUGCUGCUAACAUUGUUCAACAAAGAGAAGUACUUUCUUCACUAUCGCAAUUUGCAGUUGUACAUGCAAUUGGGGUUGCAAGUCACAAAGGUUCACAGAGUUCUAAAAUUCAACCAGAAACCUUUUCUUCGUGACUAUGUGGAUUUGAAUCACGAACUGCGAAAAAAUGCCACUAAUACAUUCGAGCGUCAGAAGAGUAAGUAUAUGAUAAAUGCUGUUUUCGGCAGAUUUUGUAUGCAAGUGAGGAAAUUUGUAGACUGUCGCCUCACAGUGACGGACGAACAAGUUUUGAAACUCUUGCGUAAGCCAAACCUCAAACAGUUUCGAGCAUUAAGUGCUCAUGUAAUCCUGUUUCAGUUCUCCCAGGCAGUGCUUCAGAUGAAACAACCACUAUACUUGGGUUUCACAAUACUGGAACUCUCAAAGCUUAAGAUGUUUGACUUCUAUCACAAUCAUCUGAUGCGUGUAGCUCCCGAUACUAGACUGUUGUACAUGGACACAGAUUCCUAUAUAAUAUUGCUGAGCGAUGAAAAGACACUGCUUGAACUAGCUGAAGAUCACUUGGACAACUCAGCCUAUGAGCAAGACAAUCCUUUGUAUUCGACGAAAAACAAAAUGGUACUGGGCAAGUUUAAGAAUGAAAUGCCUCGUGAUCAUAUACUUGGUUUUUGUUGCUUAAAACCCAAGCUAUAUGCACUAGAUCUCUGUAGCAAGAAACAGUACAACCGUGCGAAAGGUGUAAAGCUGUGUGAAGCACGAAAACUUCACUUUUCCAUGUACACAGAUGCUCUUGAACAUGGCACAAUACACAGGGUUAAACAGAACCUCAUCGUGCAGAAGGACAACGUAAACAAAAGCGUGACCGUGAGAAAAAUAGCUCUCAACCCUCUGGACACAAAGCGAUAUAUUUGCUCGGAUGGAGUAGAGACAUUACCUUUUGGUAUGACAGUCUUGUGA